AUGUCGUCUGCGGGGCCGCCCCCGCCCUCCUCCUCCCCCUCGGCCGCCCCUCCCCAGCCGGCCGCCCCCCUCCUCCUGCCCCCCCCGCCUUCCUCCUCCCCCUCCUCGGCGGGGGCGCGCGGGGGGGGCGCUCUCCCGCUGCGCGUGCCUGCGCUGUGCCUGGCCUGGUACGCGCUCAGCGCGGGGGGGAACGUGGUCAACAAGGUGCUGCUGGGCGCGUUCCCGCGGCCCGUGACCGUCUCGCUGUGCCACGUACUGGGCCUGGUGGCGCUCCUGCCCCCCCUUCUGCGCGCCUGGCGCGUCCCCGCCGCAGGCCCCGCCCAGCUGCCCCCCCGCGCCUACCCCCGCCUCAUUCUCCCCCUCGCCUUCGGCAAGUACCUCGCCUCCGUCUCCGCCCACGUCUCCCUUUGGCGCGUCCCCGUCUCCUACGCCCACACCGUGAAGGCUACUAUGCCAAUCUGGGUGGUUCUGCUGUCAAGAAUCAUCAUGAAGGAAAAACAGACGACGAAGGUGUAUUUAUCCCUCAUCCCCAUCAUUGGUGGAGUCCUGCUGGCCACAGUCACAGAGCUGUCAUUUGACACGUGGGGACUCGUGAGUGCGCUUGCUGCAACUCUCUGUUUCUCUCUUCAGAACAUUUUCUCUAAGAAGGUGCUGAGAGACUCGCGAAUACACCAUCUCCGGCUGUUGAACAUCCUUGGGUGCCAUGCUGUGUUCUUUAUGAUCCCGACGUGGGUCCUGGUGGAUCUUUCUUCCUUCCUUGUAGAGAAUGACCUGAGUUCUGUGGCCCACUGGCCAUGGACCAUCCUCCUGCUGGCUAUCAGCGGCUUCUGCAACUUUGCCCAGAACGUCAUUGCCUUCAGCAUCUUGAACCUCAUCAGCCCCCUGAGCUACUCUGUCGCCAAUGCCACCAAGAGGAUCACAGUCAUCACCGUCUCCCUGAUCAUGCUGCGCAACCCGGUGACCACCACCAAUGUGCUGGGCAUGAUGACAGCCAUCCUGGGCGUCUUCUUGUACAACAAGACCAAGUAUGAUGCAAACCAGGAAGCAAAGAAGCACUUUCUUCCGAUGACAACGGGGGACCUGGUGAACCUGGAGCGUCACCGGAGCAUGCCUGAGAAGUCUCAGAAUGGACUUGCCUCCUUCACGCAACGCGGGGACUUUCAAUACGGCAGGAGCAAUGUUCUAACUGAUCACUUCCAGUACAGCCGGCAGAACUAUCCAACUGUUUACAGCUCCAGCCGGUAUGACAUAUAGUGGGGCAACCUGGCCCAGACAGUUGACACCGGGCUCCCUGCAGCGCGCCUGCUGGGGCUGCCAAGGGACAUUUUGGUGCUCGUGUUGUGCAGAGAGGAAGGUCCCUGUGCUGGAAGACUGGUGGAGGAGGGGCCUCUUCCCUCUGCAGCGGAGGCUGCUCUUCCCCAGGCAGUUUGGCAACAGAAACCAGAUGCUGCUGCUGCUGCUACAGCACAUUAUGUGGGGCUGGCAAAGAAAGCGAGUGCCCCAGUCGUCUUCUCUCCGUAGCUGCUGUGCCCCGAACCUCUAGAUAGCCGAGCGCAGCGGCUGUGUGGCCAGUAUUUCAUCUUGCAACCUCCCCACUGGAUUUGCACGUUGCCCUUCUGUUUUGUUCAGAAGCUGCUUUCAGAGUGUCGUGUGCAGAGAGCAGCACUCCUUGUCCCUUCUUCUGUGGAGCUUCUUGACAGAGAGGAGCAGUGAGAGUGGGUGGCACCUACAAGGCGGGGUGGGGGUGGGGCAUGUGCGUGUAUGUGAGUAGCUGUCUGUGUCGUCCUCUGGCUCACGCAACUUCGCAAGGGGGUUCCGCGAGGGACCUUUGAUACUUUCCAUUCAGUGUUGGUUCAGGCCUGUGAGAGACAACAGUAGUGAGUUCAAAAGAAUCAUGUCCCAGAAGGGUUUGCGGUCAUUAAUGUGUGAUGUGGACCUCAGAGGCUUCUGGUAGUUCUCUUCCCAUUUAAAUCAUGAGAUCCAGCAACUUUUUCAAUGACUUCCUAGGUAAUAAGUCACUCCUCAUUAAAGAUGUACAUUUGGAACAAU